AAAUCUCACACAAGAAAUGACAUCCCCCAAGGCUUUACGGGAGUGGUGCCGCUCCACAUGCGCAGGUUACCCCAAUGUGGAGAUAAAGAACAUGUCAACCUCAUUCAGAGAUGGACUUGCCUUCUGUGCCAUCAUCCACAAACACCGACCUGACUUGAUAGAUUUCAGCUCCCUCUCCAAAGAUAAUGUUUAUCAAAAUAACAAACUGGCAUUUGAGAUUGCAGAGAAAAAGCUGGCCAUCCCUGCGUUGCUGGAUCCAAAGUACAUGGUGUCCACCAAGGUGCCUGAUGGUUUGAGCAUCGUCACCUACCUUUCCCAGUACUUCUACUUCUUCAACAGGAAAUCUUAUGCAGGUCUUGCCAGUUUGAGGUCAUCAAGUAAAACCCCUGAUGAUCUGAACCCCCUGAAGAGCCUGACUGAUCUGGAAACCAGUAGAGAAGAACAUUUAUUCGACACAUGGCCACAAACAGUGUGUAGUUUGUGUUUUAAGCCUGUCCACCUUAUACAGAGACAUUUGACGGACGGAAAAGUCUACCAUCGCAGCUGUUUCAGGUGCAAAGUGUGCCGCGGCACUCUUUUACCGGGGUCUUACACACAGGGAAGUGAUGGUGGCCACUUGAUCUGCACUCACCACAUAACAGACAGCAACAGUUCUCUUGUUGACCUCAAGCAGCAAAUUACAUCCACUGAGAAUGGGCCCAAAUGUGAGUUUCAGACAGGUUAUGUUUCUGUGGGUGGAUUAGCUAUCACCAGCGUCCCUCAUUACACUAAGACAACAGAGUCACGGGACAAACUGGUAUGCAAAACACCGGAGCAAGAGAAAGAUAAGUGGGAGAGGUGCAGAGAGCUGAAAGACAGAGACUCAACCGUUGGACUGAAGAGCAAGGUAAAGAAGCCAACGCCUCUUCAUCUUCCUUCACCCAGUGUUAAAGACAUGACUGUUGAAGGAGCUGGAAAAGCUGGGUCUGCAACCUUUCUGCCAGAAGGCAAGAUACAACAGGAAGAGACAAAGACUCAAGAACCCUCUGAUCUGUCCUCAUCGCGUGCACGAGUGACAGGAGGAAGAAGUCGGCCGGUUCCAGCACCCAGGAGAAUGCUAGACUCUUCUGUAGUCCCUGUUCCUGCACCCAGGACCAAAACUGCCCAGCCCACGAGCAGUUCCUCUGCUGCACGCAGUUCAUCCAACCAAAAUAAACGUUCACCCAACUCAUCUCACACCACAAGCCCGACUAGCAGUAGCCCUAAAGUGCAAACCAACCAUCCGUGGAUAAGCAUUGUCCAUCCCGGACCCUGGACACAACUGCCUCCCGCUCCGCCUCCUGUACCCAGGAGGUCGUUGUACAAACCCAGAGUGCCUCCUCCUUCCAAUCCCUUUGGAGGGGAGGUGGAUGAGGACUCUAAACCUGAGCCUGCAAACCAGACUAAGCCCUCAGGGGUGGCUGUCCGUUCAGGGAACAGAGACCCAGACAGUAAAAAUACUGCCAUUAAAUCUACACUUGAUGACAAUGUGGGAACUUCGUGUCAACCAGCUACAGAUACCUCACCAACGGAUGUGGCGGCAGCAGCAGCAGCAGCAGGGCCGCAUGCCUCUUCAGAUAAAGUGCAGAGCCACGUUUUACCCAGAAGUCUUUCUGUGCCAGCUAUCACCUCUGCCCCCUCUCAAAGUUCCCUUUUGCAUUUUGCCUUGACAGAGGCAGAUGGAUCUGAUCAGGGCAUGUCAUGUCAAAGUAUGCUGGCCUGCAAAGACAAUCCAUUUGAUCGAAAACCUGCAAUGUCCAAAUCAAAGACCUUUCAGGGCCUCCCAUCUACACGGGCCCCUGCCCCCGGACAUGGCUUCCCACUCAUCAAGAGGAAGGUGCAGACAGACCAGAAUUUGCCCACAGAAGAUCUGCAGGUGGAGAUAAGAGAACUGGAUAAACAUCUGGAGGCACUGGAGCAAAGAGGAGUCAAACUGGAGGGGAAUCUAAGAGACUGCAAGAAAGAUAAAGAGGAGGAACAAAUACUAACAGAGUGGUUCUCUCUUGUCCAUGAGAGACAUGUUCUGGUGCGCAGACAGACAGAGCUGGUUUUUCUGACAAAGCAGCAGAAGUUAGAGGAGAGACAGGCAGAUGUGGAGUACAAGCUCAGAUGUCUCCUUAAUAAACCAGAGAACAACUGGAGUCAGGAGGAUCGAGGUCGAGAGCAGCAGCUGAUGGAUGAGCUGGUCGCCAUCAUCGAACAGAGGAACCAGAUCGUCAGCAGCCUGGAUCAGGACAGGCAAAGGGAAAGAGAAGAAGAUAUGCUUUUAGAAGCCAUGAUGAAGAACAUAGACAUCCAGAAGGAAGGACUUAAAGAGCUAAAGAAGUCAAAAGGAAAGUUUAAGCCCCAAAAAAUAUUUAAGAUGCUGAACCAUAAAGCCGAGAGCUCCAUGGACAAAAAGAGCUGAAGGACUCUCACGACUGCUCAAACUCAGAAAACCAACUCAUGCUUUUGUGUGAGGUGAUGAAUGUGUUGGGUAAUGUGAUCACAAUAUAAAUAUUACAAUAUGUGGAAGAGCAGCUCCGUAGCAAAGAUUCAUUACAAUUAAUUAAUUAAUUAAUAUUCUCUCAGUGCAUAUGUUUCAAUUUUAUCAAUGUACAUGUUCUCUUCCAUGCUUCUUUCCUCACCCUGUCUACUGUAUGCACUUAAUAUUUAUGCUAUUUGUAAUUUUAUUACAUACUUGUAUGCAUAUGUAAUAAACAUGUAUUUGGGAAA